GCGCUGCGUCAGUCUUUCCUCAGUUAAAACUACGUGGCGUAACGCACAGCGGAAUCAGUGUGUCACGUCCAGUUGAACUACUACGGUAUCCUUUGAUUUAUUAACACAGCAUCACUUCAGGAUGGAUCAGGUCAUGCAGUUCGUGGAGCCCAGCAGGCAGUUCGUCAAGGACUCCAUCAGACUCGUCAAAAGAUGCACAAAGCCAGAUAGAAAAGAAUUCCAAAAGAUUGCCAUGGCAACAGCAAUUGGAUUUGCCAUCAUGGGCUUCAUUGGAUUCUUUGUCAAACUCAUCCACAUCCCCAUCAACAACAUCAUUGUUGGUGGUUGAAUCAGCUGUGAAGCCAAACAGACCUGCGGCUGCCGGAAACGAUGAUGGACUGAACGCAAACAUUUGUAUAAAUCAUGCUUUUUGUGCAUGUUAACAUUUAUAUUUGGCUGUUAAUAAAUCAAAGGUUACACUACUCAUUGUCUUCAUUAAUAAAAGGUUGU